AUGCGACGUGUCAUAUUUUCCUUUCCAGUUCACUACCGUGCGCUUGUGUCGGUUCGCAGCUGUGCGACUAAAGCAAGCAAGGAUCCCAAAUUGGAUGAUCUUGCCAAUGCAUAUUCGCAGCUAACACUUAAGGAGCUCUCGGAGCUGCAGCGACUCAUUUUCAAGAAACUCGGCCACAGUGAUGAGUUCUAUGAAAAGGCUCUUCUGCGCGGUCUUGGCGGUGGGGGCGGUGGUGUUAUGAUGGCAGCCCCCGCCGCAGUGGCUGCAGCCCCGGGUGCGGCCGCCGCAGCUGCGGGAGGAGCAGAGGAGGCGCCAAAGGCUGAGAAGAAGAAGGUAGAGAAGAGUACUUAUGAUGUGAAGCUGGCCAAAUUUACGCCAGACAUCAAGGUGAAGCUCAUUAAAGAGCUUAGAUCUGUUACAAAUCUUUCCAUCUCAGAUGCAAAGGGCGCUAUUGAAAAAUGUCCGGGUCUUGUGCAGACGAAUAUGCGGAAGGAAGAUGCCGAAAAACUCAAAGCUCUCUUUGAGAAACUAGGUGCUACCGUCGAACUAUUAUAA